AUGGAACUCAACUCCCGAGGGGCUGGAAACUCAACCUCAACUUCCCCUCGGCACCUAUCUACGUCCCUUGCACCUCAAGGAUUGGAAGCGCUGGAGAAGGCUCUAUAUUGUUGGGAGGACGCUCUCACGGCAUUUAGUUGCACCCUUGGAAAUAAUGCGCUUGCAUUGCCUUCAAAAGCCGACGCGGCUUUUACACACGAUGUCCAGGAACUUCUCGAUCUGGGAUACCAAAUGCAGAGCACCGCUGAGCUGCUGUUCAUUGACCAGCACUCGGUACUCUUUUGCAACGAAGAUGAAGGAAGUGAAGCGAGUAACCGGCGUGCGUCAACCGCACGUUCAUAUGGACGGGAAAAAGAUAAAGCGGAAGCCGCAUCGUCUCCAGAGUCCUUUGCGUCUGCUAAAGAUGGGGUAGCGGACCUCAGAGAAUUCGAGGAGUUCUUCGAAUUUUUCCCACACUUGGAGCAACAAAAAUUGUAUCACGCCGCGUUGAAGGAGCACGAGGACAAAGGCAUUCAGUGCAGGCGGCUUCACACGGAGUUAGUCAAGUGCGGCUCGGAUGUCGAGUAUGUGGCUAAGGUUCACUGUUUACGUCAGGCAUACUCCAGACUCUUUACUUUGCCUGGAGCCGCGACCUGGAUUGCAGACAUUGGCCGUCAGGUCAUCAGCGACUUGAUUGUCUACGCCGAUAGGGAUCCUGAAGAGUAUUUGGUACACUAUGAGAAUAUGCUUGAAUUUUUGGGUGACCCAAGCAAUCACAAAAUCAUGCAUGAAGAAUUAAGUGCUCGAGGUGUCAAAUGUAUCAAUUUUUACGAUAUUGUAAUUGACUUUAUUCUUUUGGACUCUUUUGAUGAAGUCGACAAACCACCGUCUUCUAUCAAGGCCAUUUUGCAAAACCGAUGGAUUUCUGCAAGCUUCAGAAAAACCGUAAGUGAAUAUGCGGUGGGUACUGCAGUGUGGUCAAUUUUGGCCAGUAAGCGCCAGAUGUUGAAAUACAACAAAGGAUUCCUAACACAUUUCUAUUUUAUAUCGGAGCAAGUGUCUCCCGUGCUGGUUUGGGGCUUCUUAGGGCCAGAAGGUUCUCUACGCUCAACAUGUCAGUACUUCAGAGACCAAAUUGUCGAGUUUCUCGUGGAUAUUUUUAAUUUUUUCAAAGUACGCUACACAAAUAUUGACGAACUGGCCGAAGAUAUAUGGCGGGAGAUGCGAAUACGAGUGGAGAAUAUUAAUCAAAGACUAGCACUUGAA